AUGUUAGUGUAUAUUCGUUGUGCGAAGUUUCCUGCAUUGAUUUCAGGACACAGGCUUAUUUUGGAAAAAAGCUGUUAUCGAUUACUGACAAAUAAAGCUAAAUCGGUGAUAUCAACGACAGCCGCGCCUAAGAUUUCAACUUCUUUCGUCAAAAACAUAUUUCUGGGCAAAGGAGUUUUCGAUCAUGUAGUGCCAUAUCCAGCCGAUUUAUCCGAUGAAAAACGGGAAAUGAUUCAUUUGAUUUUGGAGCCUACAAGAAAAUUUAUGGCGGAAGUUAAUAAUCCCGCGGAAAAUGAUGAGAGGGAAGAAAUCCCUAUGGACAUUCUCUCAAAAUUUGCUGAAAUCGGUGCAUUUGGUGCCCUGGUACCGGAAGAAUAUAAUGGUGCAGGUCUGAAUAAUACUCAAUUGGCGUGUGUAGCAGAAGUUAUUGGUGAAUCAGACUUGUCACUAGCUGUCAUCUUGGGUGCUCAUCAAUCGAUUGGUUACAAGGGAAUUUUGCUUCACGGUACUGAUGAACAGAAACGUAAAUAUUUACCAGAUCUGGCUACGGGUCGGAAGUUCGCUGCUUUCUGUUUAACAGAAUCAGGCAUCGGAUCCGACGCAAAUUCAAUACAAACUCGUGCAGAGAAAAGUAGCGAUGGAAAGUAUUAUGUUUUGAAUGGUGGCAAACUAUGGAUCAGUAAUGGUUCAUUCGCUGAUGUAUUCACUGUUUUUGCACGGACGCAGGUAAAAGAUAAGGAUGGAAUACCAAAAAGCAAAGUAUCGGCAUUCAUAGUUGAGCGCAGUCAUGGUGGUGUUACAACGAGUGCCCCUGAAAGGAAAAUGGGUAUUAAAGGUUCGGAAACAGUUGAAGUACAUUUUGAUAACACGAAAGUUCCUGCUGAAAAUUUACUUGGUGUUGAAGGUGAAGGCUUUAAAUUAGCUAUGAACAUCUUGAACAAUGGCCGUUUUGGCAUACCUGCUGCAUGCAGCGGUUCCAUGAAAUUUUGUAUUCAAAAAACGAUUGCUCAUGUCUCAGAAAGAGUGCAGUUCGGGAGAAAACUGAAGGAGUUCGGAAAUGUCCAAGAACAGUUAACUGAUAUGGUUCUUCGUCACUAUGCCACUGAAAGUCUUUUGUAUAUGUUGUCAGGAUCAAUGGAUAGAGGAAUAGUAGAUUAUGAAUUGGAAGCCGCUGUGGGAAAAAUUAUGGCUUCGGAAAAUGCUUGGGUUGUAUGUGAUCGUGCCAUCCAACUUCAUGGCGGCAUGGGUUAUAUGAAAGAAUGUGGCUUGGAAAGGGUGAUGCGCGAUUUAAGGAUCUUUCGCAUUUUCGAAGGUGCUAAUGACGUUUUGCGCCUAUUUGUCGCAUUAACUGGAUUACAGUAUGCAGGCAAGCACAUGCAGUCCAAAAUGGAGAAGCCCUGGUCUGGAAGCAUUGGGCUACUUUUCGAAUCCGUUUUUCCGCGCAAGUUUGACUUCGAGUGCCAUCCUAGCCUAAAUUAUUCUGUCGCUCAAUUAAAGAAAUCGGUGCAUAGAUUUGGGAAUAUAUCAAGAUUUCUUCUUUGGAAGCAUAAAAAAGGGAUAAUUGAAAGACAGUGGGAAUUGAUACGAAUGGCGGAUGCAGCAAUUGAUAUUUAUAGUGUAGUAGCGGUGUUGUCACGGUGUAACCGUGCUGCAAACCAACAGUCUUCUUUUGAAUAUGAACGAAAAUUAGCCGAACUUUACACGCUUAAGGCUUGUGAACAUGUUCGCGUCCUGUUGGAAGACAUUUUAAAACAAGCUGAAGAUGCAGAUCGAAUAAAGGCUGUUUCUGAUGACAUUUUCAGAGCAGGCUCAUUGCCUUCAUCGCAUCCUACCGAUUACUGA